AACAGCACUCUUUGGUCAGGUCUUGAGGUAUUUCUAAAUACUUCUUGUUAAUAGCUAUAUUAUUGUUAAACUGAUCGCAGAGCUCUUGAACACCCUUUCUGACUGUAAACCACUCAACUGCUCUUUCCGUCUGAUGAAUGAGUACUGGAUUGCAUUACUCCAAAGGAGAAAAACAGAAGGCAGUACAUAAUCUGUUGACUUGUGUAUGUGCACAUUUGGCAGGUCACUUCAAUCAACCCCUCCCACACACAUGAGUCCAAUUUUCUCUUGGAGCAGGGCCAAGUGCCAUGCCUGACCGGGACAGUUCCUACCUGUCAGGUGGUGGUGGGAGUGGCGGUACUCUGGGUGAGGAAGGAGGACCUGGGUCUGGUUUGGUGGGAGGCUCGGCGGACUGCAGAGGCGGUUCUGGGGGAGGUGUUGGUGGGAACAUCUCUGGCUCAGGGGGCAUGGGUGGAGGGACGGCGCCCGGAAACAGCAAUGGUUUUGGGAAUGGUGGAGGAGGGGGACCAGGUGCAGGACUGGCUCUAGACGGUGUUUGCAGGGACUUCAUACGCAAUGUCUGCAAGAGAGGGAAGCGUUGCCGCUUCAAACACCCAGACUUUAAUGAAGUGCCAGACCUGGGAGUGCAAAAGAAUGAGUUCAUCUUCUGUCAUGACUACCAGAACAAGGACUGCAUGCGCUCCAACUGCCGCUUUGUGCACGGGUCUAAAGAGGAUGAGGACUAUUACAAGAAAACAGGAGAGCUGCCCCCCAGACUACGAGGGAAGGUUGCGGCGCGACUUGGCCUCUCCCUGAUGGAUCUCCCUCUCAGCCGAGGUGAGGUUCCAAUCUGCAGAGACUUCCUUAAGGGGGAAUGCCAGCGAGGAAACAAAUGUAAAUUUCGCCAUGUCAAAAAAGACUACGAAUAUGAACCUUCAAGAGCUGGGGUGGGUGGGGUCGUGGGGCAGGGAACCAUCGGGAUGGUGAACACGGGUGGAGGGAUGGGUGGAGGAGGAGGAGGCGUCUGUGGAGGAAUGCAAGGACUUGUUGGAGGUGGGGGUAACAUGAUGGGGACGGGCUGCCCCAGCCUGGGCAGCUGCAGAGAUGCAGGUCUGUCUGGGGUAGGGGGCAUGGGCGGAGGUGGAAUGAGCGGUUGUCUGUCCAUCGGUUCUUCAGGACAGCGGCGGUAUGACAGAAGCUCCGUGUAUGACCCGCUGCUCGAAAGUGGGCUGUUUGAUGCCGGUUCUUUGGAGGCAUCUAUUGAUUACACUGGUCUACAGCUGAAGAGGCGGCGGUUGGAGGGGCUUCGACUGACCGAUUCGAGCGGAGGAGGGCACUACGAGUUGGGGGUUCAAGCUGCUCUGCCACCCCGUCCUCUGGAGUACAGAUUCCUGGAGGAAGAAAAUUCCCUGCUGAGGAAGAGAGUGGAAGAGUUGAAAAAACAGGUUUCCAAUCUCAUUGCCACCAAUGAGGUCCUCCUGGAGCAGAACGCCCAAUUUCGGAGCCAAGCCAAGGUGAUGACGCUGUCCUCCACUCCUGCUCCCACUGAGCAGAAUCUGGCGCCCCCUGUGGGUGCAGUGAGCUCUUACAACCACAGCAUUGCUCAGACCCACACCACCCUCAGCAGUGCUGGGCUGCAGCCUCGGCCCGUCACUCAGCAAGACCUGGUGGCUCCCACUGGCGCCCCUGCUGCUCCGCCCACUAAUGCGGCCCCACCCACUGCUCCUCCGCCGCACCUCAACCCGGAGAUCACGCCUCUCUCGGCUGCCCUCGCACAGACCAUCGCUCAGGGAAUGGCGCCACCCGUUUCCAUGGCCCAGGUGGCGGUAUCCGUGGCACCGGUGGCCGUGUCCAUGACCCAGCCUUUACCUGGCAUCACUAUGAGCCACGCUACCACCCCGAUGGUAUCGUAUCCCAUCGCAAGUCAAAGCAUGAGGAUCACGACCCUGCCUCACUGAAUACAUGUUGAACCCUUCAGUCAGACUCUAGCGUCCUAAAGGGGAAUUUUUAACAUGAAUGAUCUUUUUUUGCGUGUGUUUGGGACUAAAGUUGUGAAAAAACAGAGAAAUGUGAGAUGUGGACACAUUUAUUUCCCAACAGGAAGACAAUAUAAAGAGUUAUUUCUGUGUUGCAUGGCAACAUUAUAAGUAUCAGUUUCCUGCAGACUGGCAGAUCUGUGAGCUGUCACAAAGCUCUGUGUACCACGGGCGAGAUUUUCUCCCAGAGAUGUCAACAAACUCAAAGUGUGAACUUUCCCUCAGUCUAAGAAGAUUCCUGUUCCUUCAUGUUUCCACACAGAAGAAAACAGUCUGUGUUUAUAUUUUUGUGGCUUGAACUGUUGUAAAUUAAUUUUGGUACUUAAAAAAAUCUUUAACAACCACUUAAUGAGGGGUGCUGUUUUAUUUCUCUAUGUUGAUCAUUUUUAAUGCUUAUAGAAACUUUAAUUUCUUUAACUGGCAGACAGCUAAGUCAACUGUAGGCAGACAUGGUUUCAAAUACCAAAUGCUUCCAACAUCCUGUUGCCUCAGUUGUUUGGGUGGAGUCAUGUGUGUAAACUUAAAAAUAAUCCCUUUUUCUUCAGGAGCUUGAGAUCCGUCUCUCCUUCAAAAAGCUGUUACAUUUAUCCGUGUCCUCUGAGUGUCUUCAUAAACAUGGGAAAUUGUGAGAUCCAUCAGA